CCCAAACAUUUUCGGCGACAGUGGGCCUUACGCCAAUGAGCAUAGCUUGACUUCUCCUGACGAAGGUGCUGUCGUAGGUUGUCGCCAGGAUGACGUAGGUUGUCGCCGGUGCUGACCGGAAGUCAAGUAGCGACAGGCAUUGGAAAAACACGUCCACAGCUCCACGUGGUCAGGCGACUAUAGUGCGUGGACAUUCUGCAUUCUGUGUUGGGGACAUUGGACAGUGCAACAUGGCUCCAAGGAGAAGGAAGGGGCAGCCCAAGGGGAAGGCCCAACCCCCAUCCCCACCCCCCAGGCAGGUGGAGACUGAGGAAACCCAGGAGGAGAAGGCACAGGAGGAGAGCAGGGAGGUGGCCAGUGUCCCCACCACCACCCGGAGUGGCCGCUCUGCCAAGACUGCAGGUAUUGCUGCUGCUGACCCAGACUCACCAUCAGAUUAUGCUCAGGACACUGAUGCCUCAAGUGAGGUGAAGAAGGGCAGGACACGCAAGGUACUUCCUUAUGAGUUCAGCAGGGAACAAGAAGGAGAGCUGGUCGAGUGGUAUCAGGCAAACCCUGAGUUGUAUGAUAAGAACUGCCAACAAUAUCGUAACAAGGACAGGAAGUACUCACUAGUUGACAGCAAGGCGAAGGAGUUCCCUGACUGCACAUAUGCCCAACUCUGUCAGUGGUUCACAGGUCAGAGAACAAGAUAUGGCAAGCUGUCGCAGAGUGGGAACAAGUCAGGGUCUGGUGGCAUAAACUUUACCCCCAGGCAGCAGUGGAUCAUCGACAAAUGGGGCUUUAUCAAAUCACAUAUAGUACGAGCAGAGAUGAGACAGAGCACCAAGAAGUUUGACAAGAAGAAGCCAUUGCCCAGUAUGUCAAGUGAAGAGGAGUUUGAUUCACUUGAGGGAACCUCUGGAUCCACACCCUCCACCAGUCAGCAGCACAGCAAGAGGAGCAGGACCACUGCCAACUCCACUGCAGGCUCCAUCCCUAAUGCAACUGAGUUAGAGGAGAGAGGGGCAAGUCAGAAGGAGCUGAUCAAGCAGCUCAUGCAACAGGCAACAGAGGCCAGGGAGGCCAGACAGGCCAUGACCCAGCCCCAGACACCACAUGAGAGAGCUGUUGACACCUUCCAGGCAUUCUUAAAGACUGAGCUGCUCAAAAUACCAGAAAACAUGUGGUUCAACUACACCAUGGCUGCCAUGAAGGUGGCCCAUAACUUCUCCCACCCGACUCUGCAGCUGUUGGGACACAUGGGAGAGCAACAGAUGGGGCUGAUGGGAUCACCACAUCAGCAGGCUCACCAGUUUCCCGAAUCAGGCUGUGGGACUCCAACCCACCACCAGUAACCGGGAGAGGACUGCGAAGUCAGAGCUCACAGCAAGUAACCAACUGCAUAUCGGGCAAUCGCAUGUCAAAGGCCACGGACCUGAGGAGUUAAAUUUUGCUCACCCUAUCUCUCUUCUCAGAGAGUGUCUGAUCUGCGUAACAUUUCCUGAUUGCUUAGGUUUUCCAGCAGCCUUAUUUUGACCAGAGAAGAUUGGAUAUUGAGGAUAUAUUCCAGUGAAGGUAUGCUGACCCAACUGUUUGUUUCUCAAUUUAAAAAACAAGAACUUAGUUUCACUAUCAAGUACUUUCCGAAUACAUUUAUGAACAAUUUAACAGAAAACCACACAACUACAAUUUACUAUCAAAUUAAAGAAGGGUCUCGAGGUCUCAACCCGAAACUUCACCAAUUCCUUCUCUCCAGAGAUGCUGCCUGUCCAAUUGAGUUACUCCAGCAUAAUCCUCCAGGGUCACCUGCCCUGGCUGCCCUGCCGGCAGUCUGUUAGUUUUUUC